GCAGAGCCCCUGCUUUCGUUUUCUCCACAAGUCCUGCUCCGCAGACUUGGGCCAGGCCAAGGAACAGUGAGGGCAUUAGGACCGAGAGAAAGACACCCACUUUGCUCCGUAUUAUGUCUGGCACGCGGCUCCCUGACUGAGCGCCGGAGUUAUGUGUGAAACAAAGUCAGGGGCUGACUCGUUUCCAUCUGUUGAUCCGACCUGACUCGGAGCAUCCAAACAGGCACCGGGGCUGUCAAAGCUGCUCGGGAGAGGGACCAAGCGGCUCCCCCGGGCAUCCAUUAGCAACUUGGCAGGGCAGGAAAACACAGGGGAAGGAGCAAUUGAGAAAGAUGGAUGGAUGACUUUUUAAAAAAUCAUUUGCAAGAAAAAGGGGCAAAAGUGGGGAGGUGGGAGGUGUGGGGGAGCGGGGAAAUCUAAGCUGAGGUCAACCCCAGAGGGCUCCUGAGCAGUCACCAGAACCACUCCGCACAGGAGUGGAGGGCUCGUGUCCGGCCAGAACCGAGCCAACUGGGGCCAGCAGGUACCACCUAGCGCUGGCAGAUGUCGGAGGGAGGCGGGAGACCCCGUUCCCGUCUCCUGGGAGGAACCCCGCUGUGCUAGAAGGCCCUUGGCCUGGGGGGGAGCCCCGGACCUCCGAGGGAGGCCGAACAUGAGCUGCUGUGCUGGGGGCCCUCCGGCAACAUGCUCCUGAGGAGGCGGGCCAGAGCCGGGCCCCGCAGGCUGCAGUUCCUGGCCGGGGUGCUGAUGCUGGGCUGCUUGCUGGUGACGGUGACCCUGCUGCACCCCCCGCUCCAGGACCUGUCCGGGGACCCCUCGGCCCAGGCGGAGAAGCCCAGCCCCCCGCUGGGCCACCAGGUGGACUUUGGCAAACCCCAGGACUGGGUGCUGGAGACCGAGGAGGAGAGCCAGGAGUACUACCCCCUGGAGGGCCUGGCCCCCUUCAUCUCCCUGAAAGAGGACGAGCUCCUGGUGGCGGUGGCGUCCCCCAGGGACAGGCGGAACCAGAGCCAGAGCAGGAGGACAGGGCGCUACCGGCUGGUGGGGCAGCAGGGCCGGAGGCCGGAGGAGGGAGCCCUGGCCGGGCCCGCCCUGCCCUGGGGGGCCGAGCUGGAAGGCCUCUCCCCGCCAGACUCGGACGCGGAUGAUGGGGAAGAGAAGUUUGGGCCGGACGCCUACGGCUUCAAUGAAGUCCUAAGCCAGCGGAUCUCUCUGCGCAGGGAGCUGCCGGAGGUCCGCGAUCCCCUGUGUCUGCAGCAGGACUAUGGUGACGACCUGCCCACAGCCAGCGUCAUCAUCUGUUUCCAUGACGAGGCCUGGUCCACUCUCCUCAGAACCGUGCACAGUGUCUUGGACACGACCCCCAGAGCCUUCCUCAAGGAGAUCAUCCUUGUUGAUGACCUCAGCCAACAAGGUCACCUCAAAUCUGCGCUCAGUGACCACGUGGCCCAGCUGGAGCGGGUACGACUUCUCAGGAGCAACAAGAGACUAGGAGUCAUCAAGGGUCGCAUGCUGGGGGCCGCCCGUGCUGCCGGGGACGUACUGGUCUUCAUGGACUCCCACUGCGAGUGCCACAAGGGCUGGCUCGAGCCUCUGCUCAGCAGGAUAGCCGGGGACAGGAGUCGAGUGGUGUCUCCUAUCAUUGAUGUGAUAGACUGGAAGAAUUUUCAAUAUUAUCAUUCCUUGGAGUUGCAGCGAGGAGUAUUUGACUGGGAAUUAAAUUUCCAUUGGAAACCUUUGCCAGAGCAGGAGAGGAAGUUGCGCCAGUCUCCCAUCAGCCCCAUCAGGAGCCCUGUGGUGCCGGGUGGAGUCGUGGCCAUCGACCGCCAUUACUUUCAAAACACUGGAGCGUAUGAUUCUCUCAUGUCCAUCUGGGGCAGUGAAAACCUGGAGCUGUCCAUACGGGUUUGGCUCUGCGGGGGCUCUGUAGAAAUCCUCCCCUGCUCCCGAGUGGGGCACAUCUACCGCAACCAGGCCCCCAAAACCUCCCCUGAGCAGGAAGCGGCCCUGAAGAACAAGAUCCGGAUCGUGGAGACGUGGCUGGGCUCCUUCAAGGACACCUUCUACCAGCACAACCCUAAGGCCUUCUCUCUGAGCCAGGCUGAGAAACAGGACUGCAGCGAACGGCUUCAGCUGCAGAAAAGGCUGGGGUGUAGGACCUUCCACUGGUUUCUAGCCAACCUCUCUCCAGAGUUAUACCCUUCUGAACACCAGCCAGGAUUCUCCGGAAAGCUCUACAACUCUGGCAUUGGCUCCUGUGCAGACUGUGCAUCUGGAAGGGCACUUGGAGGAGGCCUGGUGACACUCUCUCCCUGUAGUGACAGCUGGCAGCAGCAGCAUUUGGAGUAUACAGGCAAGAAGCAGAUCAGCUGCAGAGAGCAGGCCCGGCUCUGCUUUGACGUGAACCAAGAAAAUCGGGUAACUCUUCAGAACUGUACAGAGGAGACGCGCUCCUUCCACAGGCAGCACUGGGAGGUCCAGGAGGUAUGCGGGCAGCCUGAAUGGAAUGAUUGUCCACAUCCUUUCUGGGAAAUGCAUAGAAGCUGUAGAGAGCGACCAUGAGAAGACUCUGUCCUUGCAAUUGUGUGAUGGGAAAGCCAAUCAGGUGUGGAGGUUUGACCGCAUCCAUGCUGUGGAUCAGCGGUGAACAGUGGAAACCAGACAGAAGCCUGACUUUGUGUAUGGUCUCCCAGGAACUCAAAACAUCCCAGGCUUUAGAGGAAAAACUGCCUUGGUCCCAGCUCUCGGGUGGCUUGGAGUAUAUCACCAAGAUGCAGUGCAAAGAGCUUGGAGUCACAAAACCGAGGUUUACACCCCAGCUCUAUCAUUUCUUGUCCAUGUCACUUCCUUCUUUGGGCCUCAGUCUCCUCAUCUGUAAAAUGCAAAGGGUGGAGAAUAUAGUAUCUGAAGUCCCUUCCAAUUCUUAAUCUAACAUCAGUUCUAGCUGCUUAAGAGGAUCAAUAGUCUUCACUGUGAGAAAAUGAAUGUAUGGACAGGUACCAAGCUCUUCCUUCAGCUGUCAGGAUGAAAAGACUGUCCUACCUUAAAACUACUUUCUUCAUAUCUGACACGAGAAAAGAACUCGAACAUUUUUGACCAUGUCUAUGUAGACCUUAGCUUAAAAAGGCCAAGAUCUCCCACUGCAGAUGGGGCUCUCUCAAGUCAUCCUGAUCUACAUCUAGCCACUGAACCCAAAUGGCUCUGAAGGGGAAAGUGAGGCAGAUGACCUUGCAUGGCCCUCUCUCAUUUAAAUCCAACUCAUGGUCAUGAUAUCACCUUCCCUAUGUCACGGCCCUCUUUGGGAACACUGGACAUACAAUCAUGAAAUGAAGUGAAAGAGAAAAUGUUCUGUACAGUGUAUCUCCUUCCUGGUCAAAUAUCACACAGAUCACCUGUGUGAUCUUGAGUAAAUCUCUUUACCUCUUUUGGUCUCCCAUUACUGUACAAUGAGAAAUAUAUAUAUAUAUCUAUAUAUAUAUCUAUAGAUAUAUAUAGAUAUAUAUAUAUAGAUAGAUAUAGAUAGAUGUGUGUGUGUGUAUGUAUAUGUGUGUAUAUAUAUGCACACACCUAUAUGUAUAGUCUUAGGACAACCAAGAAUGGGGUUCAAAUCCUGCUUCUGACGCGUAGGCAAAUCACUUUACUCUUCAAGGCCCCAGACAGACACACUCAUAAUGGCAUGUGUAUGUAUAUGUGGAUGGGGGCAGCCAAGGGUAGUGGCCCCAAAGGCAGGAAGACCCGAGUUACAGCUAGCCCUUAUCAGCCUCAGGACCCUGACUUGUAACCUGUCAGUGCCUCCAAGGUCCCAAAAAGUUGCCGAUCUGCAUUUGUCAAGGGAGUUUUCUAACCAGCAAUUCCCUCUGCCGAUGAAAUCAUGUCUGAAUCUCCACCAAAAAAAAAAAAAAAAAGUAUAGUUGGUUACAAAAUCCUAACCCCACUCUUUGGGGUAUGAUGGACACACAUAGAGAGAAGAGCUGCCCAUGACCAAGCACUGAUUCAUUCUCCUUAACUAAAAAAGAGUGGAACUCUUGAGGACUUGGGCUGGAGAGAAGUGGGAGUAGACACUGGUAGAAGUUCUCAAAGGAAGGAACAGGUGGGCUCCCCUCAUAUGGGCAGGAGGUGGCCACAUUUGGCAUGGGGUCAUGGGAUCUGCUGGACUAGAAUGGUUGUUAAAUAGAAGGCACUUAAUAAAUGCUGAUUUGUUCAUUGGGAAA